AUGGCAAUGGGAGAAGGAGGAGGAGGAGGAGGAGGAGGAGGAGGAGGAGGAGGAGGAGGUCUGAUUCAGACGUCGAGGGAAGGAAGCGACAAGACAGAGUAUCAGACAGGAGGGCGGCGGCAGGAGGGAUCGUGCAUCGGGGUCGUGUGCUUGAGUGACAAGAAGAAACUCAAGGCUGGCAUCGCAUGCGGAGGAGCUGGUGGACCUGGAGGGGUCGAGCGGACGUGUGGUGUGAGCUAUGGCUGCCAGUCGACUGGGACAUGCAAGAGGCUUGCUAAGAUAAGAGACCCUUGCUCGCAGGACGACGACUGUCAGCCGGGGCUGAGGUGCAUCAACUUCAAGUGCAGCAUCAACAGGAUGGCUGGUGACCCCUGCAGCUCCGACCAAGAGUGCCAGGGGUCGCUGCUGUGCCAGAACAAGACUUGCUCGGGUAAGACGUCGUUACAGACCUGUAGCAUGGGCCAGCAAGAAUGUUCGGUGGGAUUUGCUUGCCACAGGAACUUGAGCGAUGCCUCUUCCCCCCCCUUCUGCGCUCCUCUCCUCAUGGAAGGAGACCCUUGCAACCCCAAGAGCGCGGAGGAGGGAGCCUGUCUUGAGAAACUUGCUGUGUGCAUGGAGUCCAAGGCGGGGGAAGGAGAUUGGAAGUGCCUUGCAAAGUACAGCAGGCCAAGUCUUCCUUCUCUCCAGUCGUACUGUGGAGAGGAGAUCAUCAAUGUGGACGGGAAGCAGCCGUCUGUGACUGAGUGCGAGAAAAACAUCAAGUGCAACAUCGGAACUUGUCCCGUCAUAUGUCAGCGGGACGGGGUGAAGGUGAGGAGGUACAACAACGGCAAAGGAUACUGGCUGUGGAGGGAUGAGGAGUUUGGAGGAUGGAAGAUCGGAGUAGGAAGCACAGCGGAGGCAGGAGCAUGGCCGCUUCCUUGGGACGACUCAGACGGUUCAGUCCGUUACGACGAGUACGUUCGCUACCUGGAGGACGACGUUGAGCUGUGGAAGUGCGUCAACGAAAAGUGCAAGCAGGAGGAGCUGAAUCCUUCCGUGCUCUACCUCCCACCCUCGAGUAUCCCUGACGGGAUCUGCCAGGCGCAAUGCAAGCCCUUGUGGUGCUCGUACGUGAAGACGCAGUUGAGCAAGGGACUCGGAUUCCUCGGAUGUGCUGUAGACGGAACAAGUACGGGCUGCUUCGAGGAGAAGACUCAAUUCAAUUUUCUCCUCAUCCUCUCCAUCAUCGGCGGCAUCGUCUUCUUCCUCCUCUGCGGCCUCCUCUACCUCGCCUUCAACCGCCUCCUCCUCCUCCUCGACCGCGCGAGAAAGCGACUUGUCGUCGUGUUGUCCAACUUCUACAACCUGCUGGCGGGCCGAGGCUACAGCAGACGGAACAAGGAGGAGGAGGAGGCGGGGAUGGCGGGAGACCUGGUGGUGCACGCGCAGAAGGCGAGGGAGGAGGUGGAGGAGGAUGAGAAGAUGUUUGGAGUCAAGUAUGAGGCAGCUCAGGUGGUGCAGAAGACAUUCAAGGAGGAGCGGUUGGCCAUGAACGUUCGUGUUGCCAUGCAUGAGCUUGCGAGGAGCGGAGAGGAGCCAGUGUGGCUGAUGGUACAGGACAAGAUGAACACUAACGAGAGCAUCACAUGA